GCCCAUGUGCAGCAGCAGAUUAGAAAAGGCACAUUAGUCUAGUACUGAGUACUCACACCACGCAGUGCUACAGAACUGCAGGUCUCAGUUGGCAGGAAGCUGCUUUCUAGUAACAGCCAUGGCUUCUAUCGUCAGGAAGAUUAUUUGCAGUGCUAAGGCUCCAGCUGCUAUUGGCCCAUACAGUCAAGCAGUGGUGGUGGAUAAGACCAUGUUCGUGUCUGGCCAGCUUGGCAUGGAUCCUAAGAGUGGGCAGCUUGUGCCUGGCGGGGUUAAGGGUGAGGCACGGCAGGCUUUGCUGAAUAUGGGCGAAAUCCUUAAGGCGGCAGGAUGUGACUAUGGCAAUGUUGUGAAAACCACUGUAUUAUUGGCUGAUAUCAACGAUUUUAAUGAUGUUAAUGAAGUUUACAGGCAAUUCUUUCAGAAUAAUUUCCCGGCACGGGCCGCUUACCAGGUUGCUGCUUUGCCAAAAGGAGGAAGAGUGGAAAUCGAGGCGGUGGCUGUCCUUGGACCUAUAACAGAGGUUUCCCCGGCACUAUAAGGAUGACGCUUACAUACAGUACCGCCUGUGCCCAUGUAUUUGAUAGAAGCACUAUUUUGGAGGGGCUGUUUUGUAUUUUGGGCAUUUUUUGGGGAAGAACUGAUUAAUGUUUUAAGCAUUAGUCCUAAGCUGUUUAAAGGACAUUGUGUUUAGUAUCUUUAAUAAUUCAGUCAGAAGGAAUGUAAUUAUACAUGUCAGCAAUAAAGGUUAAUUAUAUAUA